AUGUACUAUCAGGGCGGUACUCUCUUUACCGGCCCAUACCCCUCAUCAACUCCCCAGCUAUGGGAUCCGAAGGUUGUGCUCGGGCUUUACAACAUUGAAAAGGAAGCUAUAACUUGUCCUGGAUUCGCUACAAGCAAAGGUCGAAGGUGUUGGAAAGUACCUGCUCGCCACAAAGUCAACCAAGCAAAAAGCAUUCUCAGCGGACCGGCAAGUAAACCCUACUCCGAGGCAGUGGAAUCACCGGAACUCGGCCAAGCAGCAACUAUCUUGUUAUGCAUCUACCAUAUAGAUCAAUAUUCCGAUAUAGUUCGCCAAUGGCGAACUAGUCUCACCAGUUUGGCUAGUAGGGAUGACCAUAAACCCGCGCAGAAUGGCAUGAAUGCAGGGGGCCGCAGUGGUAUACCUCGAUGCGAACCUUACGUGAAUGGAGGGGUACGUGAUACUCCCCAGCAGCAAAGAUACUCGCCGAAUCCAAAGGAGAAAGAAAUGCAAGAAGAGGAACGGAAGCGAAGACAAGAAGAAGAGCGAAAACGAAGGCAUGAGGAAGCGAGGAGAAGGGAAGAGGAACAACGACGGAGAUCAGAAAAAAGAGCUCAAGAAAGGGCGUUCAUCGAGCGAGUUCUCCUUGAGCUAGAGCGGGCACAGCAGCUUGAAGCAUGGCGCCCCAUACGGAACCUAUAUCGCCAACGGAACACCUAUUCCCAAGGACUAUCAACACCGCCGGUACAAGUGCAGUAA